AAGAAGAAGAAGAAGAAGAAGAAGACAGGAAGCAGCUGUAUCGGUGGUGCGUAAUAGAAGUUGUACAAAGAACCUUAAACACUACAUUGCGACGAUCACAGACGACAUGGACAACUAAAUAUAGAGAAAAUAGAGAGAUGUGACAUGGUGGCCAGCUGUGGUUCCGUGGCCGUCCUGCAACCCCCAGUGUGGACCCUGAUGUGGUCCUUUCUGCUGCUGCUUGUCAGUCCAGUGUGGUCCUUCCAGGGGGCAGAGCGUCUCCCCCCGCCGAGUCAGGUCCACGCUGACCCCCUCCGGUGGUCCGCCCCGCCCAACCACACCGGUCUGUCCUACACCGUUCAGCUUAGAGGCUUUGAAGCUGAGCGGUGGAGCGACUUCCUGCCUUGUGUCAAGACCCAGAAGACCUCCUGUAAUGUAACCAUGCAGGACGCGGAGGCUAGCUGUGUCCGUCUUCGUGUUCUUGCACAUGGACACAGCUUGACUUCUGACCCUGAGGAAGCCUGCAGCCAACAAGGUUCCUCCUGCAGCCCCGAGGUCCAGCUGAGCGCCCAGCCCGGCAGCCUGACGGUGCUCCUCCGCGUGGACCACCCGCGCAUCCUGGAGUACGGAGCCUUCAUGAAAUACCUCGUCUACCUGGGCCGGGAGGGGGAGCCCCUGGAGGAGUACGGCCAAUCUCCGUCGUCGCUGGUGAUCAAGGAGCUGGAGGAGGGGGGGCGGUACUGUGUCAGAGUGGGCCUCGUCUUCCACGGGGUCCGCAUAGGGCUCCCCAGCUGUGUCAAGUGUCAAGACAUUCCCCAAUCGGGUGAGCGGGCCAGGCAGCUGUUGGUCACCCUGGUUCUGGUGAUCUCCGUCACGGCAGUGCUGGUGGUUCUGUCAGUGAUCUACUUCCUUCUCUUCCAGAGCCGGAGGAUCAAGGAGUGGAUGCGACCGCCCUAUGUGGAACCAAAUUGCAUCAGAGAGCUUUGUCCCGUGGAUCCGGCUCUCACCUACCAACCCAUCAAAGAGCAGUGCGACCGCAUCUCCCUCAUCCACCCCUCCGCCUGAGCCUUCCCCAAGCCAUCCCUUCACAGCGGACUCCCAGAGUCCGUCAACACUAAUGAGAACGGAGCUCUUGCAGUCAUUUUUUUAGGAUGAACCAUUACCAACUAUGAUGUUUUUUUAUUUACUUUUUUUAAUGUUCUACAAAAACUUCAGAACAGUCAUCAUUUAAUUCAUGACAUAAUUGUGUGGCGGCCACUAGUGACGGCUGUACCAGCACCAGCAGUGUUCAUUUACUUGACUUCAUGUAACCUAUUAUUGACCACUAGAUUAUGCACACAACCAAACUUGAUUUCGAUUUGAUUAAACUGGGGCACCGGUAUGACAUCCAUUUACAUAAUUUAUUAAAUAAAACUUGAUAGUAAAAUAA